ACUUGAUGAGGUUCACCUGCGUGGACAGGAAAGGGAAAGGAGUUUGACUGAAACAGAGAAGUUUUCUUUGACCUGGUUCUUUUUUUUUCUUACUCCAAUAAAAAGUUGAACAGUAAAGGUAAAGGUAGUAAAAUGCCUAAAAGGAGCAGCUUCAACUUUCCAAGCACGCUGCUGGUGUUCCUGUUGACAUUUGGGAAACGUUGUGACGCACAGGGGAACACAGAAGGAGUCAACAGGCUUCCAUAUGGACCCAGAGGGGACAGCAGUGCUUUCUUCGCCCUGCGGAGCUGCCACCAGCUGUUGAACAGCGACAGCGGCGAGUUUUUCUCCCCAGACUACUUGUGCUCCAACCCUCCUCUGUGGUGCAACUGGACCAUUCAGGUGGAGCCAGGGAAGAGGAUUCAUCUCCGCCUGGAGGACUUGACCCCUGAUGAGGCCUGCCCACUGAAACAGGACCAGAUCCAUGUGGAUGAGCCCGGCGCCCAUUCAGGGGGCCACAAGGUGCUGCAGAAGUGCUGGCAGGAAGCCAAGUACACGUCAUCUUCCAACACUCUGUAUGUGGUGCUCCUGAUCGGGGGCUGGCCUGACCCUCCUUACCGGGGUUUUUAUGGCCACUACCAAGCAUUUGGACCACCGGUGGUUUACAACCCACAGGAAGGCUCAACAGGAAGAAGCCAGGAGUCAGAACGUUCUCCUGGACUGAGUGAAUUUGAGCCGUUGGCAAACAACGUGGAGCUGGAAAACGAUGACCUGGCGUAUGACUAUUAUGAUCAGCAGUUGGCGAUGGCCGGGCUGCCCUGGGUGCCGCUGGGUGGAGACGGAGGUGCAGAGGCAGUUAAAACCCGCUAUCCACCCCUGAAGAACUACUCCCAUGUCUACCAGCCUACGGCUGCACCGACGUCCACCCAGAGGACGUUCCGGUCAGGAAGAGGAGCCACUCGCAGCCUUUCCGGCCAGGCCGACUCGGCCGGUCGCUCUGUAAUCCUGCCACCACAGCCGCAUGUUGAGCUCAAACCUGGCAACGACACUCCAACAGCAAGAAAAGGGAAAACGGUGGAAGCUGUGUCUGCAGAUGAGAGCAGCCUGAAUGAAACCCAGAAUACGGACCACAAGCAUAACCAGACUAAAGUGGUGGAACCCCAGUCUGAACACAAAGGGAACUCAAACAUGAAAAAUAAAUCGGAGAGUCCACAUCUGCCUGGUGAUCACCUGUUUGAAGUGGCUGUUGAGGUGAACUUCAGUCACGAUGUGGAGGAUUCCUGGGACAGUCUGGCUCAGCUGCUGCUGCUGUCAGUGAAGACUUUGAUCAGCAAACAGCUGGAAGCUCUUCACACACGACUUUCCCUCUCGUCAAAAAGAAUUAAGAGGCUGAAUGCAGGAGCGCUCUACAUCCUUUGGCUGCAGAUCAGUCAUGGGCCUGGAGGCGUGCAGAUCCACAGGGCUGUCCACUCAGCCAUGCAGGGGCUCCUCGCCACGGGCGCCAACCUGAGAGUCAACCACAGGACCGCCGUCAUCAUGUCUGUGUCCACGGCAGAUGUGAAUGAAUGUGGGACCCAGCUGGUUCUGUGCGACGCUAACGCAGACUGUGAGAACCAUUUUGGCACAUACGCCUGCCGCUGCAGAGCAGGCUUUAGGGAUGAGUCCCGUCUGGGAUCCGGGGGAACCACCUGCAUGGAGGCGCAGCCAGCAGGUUGCGGAUCCGGCCUGUCCUCGGAGACUAAAGGUGUCUACAUCCUGUUCUUCCUGCUCAGCUCCCUCAUCCUGACGCUGCUGGCGGUGGCCGGCACGCUCUACCACCGCCAUCACUACGGAGGCUUCAUAGUCCGCUGCCCCAGCAGCAUUUCCCCACCCGACCCAAACAACAACCAUCUCCAACCUGACGACAGUUACUCCACUCCCACUGACUGUGACCUCCCCCCUCCGCCUCCGCCUGCAAGAGGAGGCAGGGAUAGCUGGGCUCCAGGGAAGGAGCGCUGCCCCCCUGUGGAUCUGCGCCUGCUGCGCUUCAGCUCUCUGCUGCCUGCAGACGGCUACAUCGACCCACAGGAGAGCGGAAAGUUGUAAUCCAUAACCAAGUUUGUCUGCAUUCUUUAAGAUGCCUUUUUUUCUCUUUUUCUAAAUAAUAUUCCACUGUAUGCAAUGUGUUCAAUUAAAAUCUCAACAAAACACCA